GUCUCACACUGCGCGCGAAAGGGGCGGGGCGGGGCGGCGCGGCGAGGAGGAGGAGGAGAAGGAGAAGGAGAAGAAGAAGAAGAAGACGACGACCGGCGUUCGCGAGGGCGCUGCAGUGCGCACACAAGUGGAUCAACGGAACUAUGUCUGGGGCUGGUGGCAGCGGCUCCUCUCGCCGUCCCCGGCAGGCCACCACCGAAGGAGCAGCCCGCAGCCAUGCUCGGCGCCACCCGCCUCAGGAGGCUCAGGCAGGAGGAGGUGGUGACGCUGGCCGAGAGAGCGAAGAAGAGCCGGAGAGAGGGAGAGGAGAACGGGAAGAGAACGGCCCGGGGCCCUCGGGCGAGGAUGGGGGCGACGAGACCACCCGGCGGCUGAUCCGCCAGCAAUACCGGGAGCUGAUCUCCACCGUUCAGCAGAAUCGUGAAAUGAUGCUGAGCACCAGAAAUGAUAAACUGACUGAAGCUCUUGAAGAUGCAAAUAAGCUGUUCACUGGAGUGUCCCGAGCAAGAGAGGCUGCUUUGGAUGCUCAGUUCCUAGUUUUGGCAUCAAAUCUGGGAAAGGAAAAAGCAAACCAGUUGCACUCAGAUAUGGCAGUAUUUGAUCCAUCUGCAUUUGCUGAAGAUCUAUUAUCCUUCAUGGGUCUAAAUCGUCUGGAAGGAGAAGAUAGUGAUAGCGAUGAUGAACACAUUGCUGCUGGAUUUCUACCUAGUAAUGCUUGGCAUAUACUUGGCGAAGAAGCAAGAAAGUACUUUAGAAGAGCACCUACAUUUCACUUCAUGUUGGGAGCGUUUACUGCUGAUCCACCUGUUGAGAGGCCACGAAUUGAGAGGCAAAGGAAGAGGGCAGGGCCAGAUGAAGGAAGGGCAAUGCCUGCACAGUUGAAAAAAAUGGAAGAAUCUAAUCAAGAAGCCACAGAAAAAGAAGUAGAGAGGAUCUUGGGAUUAUUACAAGCCUAUUGUCAAGAAGAUCCUGAUACUCCACUAUCCUUCCUGGAGUUUGUGACUGAUCCAAAUUCUUUUGCUCGAACUAUAGAGAAUAUGUUCCAUGUAUCAUUCCUAAUACGGGAUGGACUUGCAAGACUAAGUUUGGAUCAGGACAAGCUUCCUGUAAUAGCAUCUUUAAAUCCAGAAGAAGGAGAAAAUGAUCUGGAUACCCAAGCAAGAAAACAAGCAGUUAUAUCCAUGAGCUAUCAGGAAUGGCAGAACAUUGUGAGAAUUUUUGAAAUCUCAGAGCCUAUGAUUCCACCUAUUAUGCAGACAUGAUGAAAACCAGUCUGACAGUAAGGUAUCCCAAAGUUCCAUUAGAGGACUAUGUGAACCAGUUCCCUGUUGAAGUUCUACUAACAGACUGGAAAUUAGAGAAUCCUUCCUGUUUUAAGGAUUGUAUAUUUGCUUGACUAGAGGAAGUGUUUGUACAGGAUUUUUUUCCGCAGAUGUUGGUGAUUUAUACAGUCCAGAUAUAAGUCGUUUUGUAACAGCAAAUUGGUUUGAAAUUAAAGGUUGUGUCCUUUUGCAUCC